GUAAGAAAGGUUGGGGAUCCCUGUUCCUCUGCUGUUCCCAGGGAUUGCAGUGCCCAGUAUUUAGUCCUGGUGCUCCUUUUGGGUAGAAGAGGGACACUAGCUGAGCAGGGGGGACUGACCCUAACGAGCACCGGAACCUGGGGCUCUCACCUAUUCUGCUCAGAGAGGGGACCUGACUAACAAACUUUCUGGUUCUUAUGAAACAAUUCCCUGAGUCCCUAACUGGGCCCUAGAUCUACACUAGUGAGGGCCUAUUGGCACCUAAAGGGCCCUAAAGUGCAAGGAGAGUGUAGUCCUUCCCUGACCGACACUCACUGUUGUUUAGUUCCAAAUAUAUGAAGCAAAGACGAUUUCAUGAUAACCAGGACAUACACAUACAACAAAACCACUAUGGUAAAUUCUUAGCCCCAUCUCUUUAUAACAGUAUUUCCCAGCAUUUCCAGGGAUGAGUUCAUACUGUUUAUUCUGCCAACAGAGCUCCCCCUCAGGCUCUAUGGGACAACAUGGCAGCAGAUACAGAAGCAGAGUUGGGAUGAUAACUGGUUUGUGAUACAAAACUCAAAGUACCCUUUGGAUCUCCCAAAUUCAGCCAACUAGCUUGUAGCUGAUUAAUACAAGGGAAGGGGGGCUGGUCUGGAUCUGGCAUAAAAACCAAGGUAGGGUGUCAGUGCGACAGCAGCCGCUCAGGGGAGAGGAACGCAGAGAGGACCCUGCACACCUCCACACUGGAGGAGGCCAUUGCUUAGCCGGAGCAUCAUGGCCAAUGUUUCCAUAAGGAAAUACAAAACCAGUGACUAUGAGACUGCCCGCUUCUUGUUUGCCGAAGGAACUAAAGAGCAUCUCCCAGCAGCCUGUAUGUACACACUGACGACGCCUCGAUUUUAUUUUAUUACCUUUGUGACAUGUACCAGUGUAUUCAUGGGCACCGGUUCCUACGUUCUGGCCCUUACCAGCCUUGUCGCCCUGUUGGCUGCUGGUUUUUACGGCUUGUACUCUGAAUUCCAUGGAGUUGCAAGCCACGCUCUGCGUAAUGACAUGCUUGAUAUUGAGAAGUCCUACAUGAUGAGUGAAAAUGCCUGUUUCUGGGUGGCAGAGAUAGACAGGAAGGUUGUGGGCACAGUGGGAGCCCAACCAUCUACAGAUGCAGACGAUGAGCUGUUGCUGCUACAUAUAUCUGUUGCCCGGGACUAUCGGCAGCAGCGAAUUGGCACAAAACUGUGCCAGACGGUCAUUGAUUUUGCCCGGCAGCGGGGCUUCAACGCUGUGUGUCUGGAAACAGCCAAUAUACAACAUGCGGCGAUAAACUUGUAUGAAAGUGUUGGCUUCAAGAAAUCCCGUGUUGCAAUCCGCCCAUCACUUGUUCAUCAAUAUACAUCUUUUACAGUUAUUGAUUACAGAUACAACAUCAAAUCAUAGCAAAUCCAGUGGUUUAUAAUGUAUGGUACACAAUCAGCUGCCGCCUCUCCUCAGCACCGGCCUACAGCUUACUCUUAAAUAAACUGGUUUCAUGAGCAGAUUCAGAAAGAAGGAUCCAAAAAAAAGAACCCUAAAAAAGACGAAUCAGUUCAGAUGGUUAUUACAGGUAUGGGACCAGUUAUCCGGAAACCUGAUUCCCUUUUCUCUGUAAUAAUAAAACAGUACCUGUACUU